UCCAUUAAUACGCCACCUUUGUACAAUAACAUGUCGAAAUCUUCUUAUAACUGUCAUCUUUCCUCCAGGCAUUUGUGAUCUCCUUCACUUCAGACUUCAUUCCCAGGCUGGUCUAUCAGUACAUGUACAGCCAGGACGGCUCGAUGCACGGCUUUGUCAACCACACAUUGUCUUACUUUAAUGUCAGUCACUUCCAGAACGGCACCGCGCCAGUGGAGCCGUUCCACCUGGGCUUCCGUGUGGACAUCUGCAGGUAUAAAGACUACAGAGAGCCUCCGUGGUCUCCGACGCCAUACGAGAUCUCGAAGGAGUUCUGGGCCGUGUUGGCCGCCAGACUAGCAUUUGUCAUUGUCUUUCAGAAUGUGGUGAUGUUGAUGAGUGAUGUUGUGGACUGGAUAAUCCCAGAUAUCCCCAAAGACAUCAGUUUACAGAUCCAUAAGGAGAAGAUCCUCAUGAUGGAUCUGUUCAUGAAAGAGGAGCAGGGAAAGACACGGGCCGAGGACAGCGCGACGAGUAAGGAGAUGCGUCACGGUCCUCUAGCGCGCUCGCGCUCCAUAUCGCACACACCCUGCCAAACCUACUGACGUCAGCAGAGUUUCUGUCCUUACAUUCCCCUGACGAAGACGUGCCGCUAGGUCUAAAGUAAAGCCUAUCGCCAGUGCACACUGCCUUUGCCUUCAUAUUGUACAGUUCUUCACACUGAUGUAUGUGCUCAACGCUUAUUUCUAUCAUAUUCAUUUCCCUCAGUUGUUCUCUUUCAAGAAAUGUGCCACAGCCACCAAGAACUUUACUAAUGACAAAAAUCCAGCUAACAAAAUAUGUUCUAAGAACGUUUUGCUAACGCUCCCAUUAGGCUAUGAAAACGUUAUUUCGGUAUGUUCUCUCAACAUUCGAAAUGUACAGUUUUUUUAUGUUUCAAAAACGUCUUUCUUGGUUAUGUGAAUGUUAAGGAAACAUUCCAUUGUAUCAUUCUGCAAACAUUGUGGCAACGUUAC